UUAUUUUGAAGGCGGUUUCAGGAAGCCCCGUGGCUUCCUGUUUAUCGCGCAGAUGUGAUUUUUGAGAGCGGGAAGAAUCAUAGGGAGAGGAAAGUUAAAGGAAACAGCCUGGGUUCGUCUUCAGAGUCGUUUUAAAUACUACAUAUUUCUGUGAAGCAGGGACAGACACAGGGAUAAGUCUGUGGAGCCGAGGAUCAUGGCUACACCCCGGGUGGAGUACACCAUCGGAGGGGUGAAGAUCCACUUCCCCUGCAAGGCUUACCCAUCCCAGCUGGCCAUGAUGAAUUCAAUUGUACGCGGGCUGAACUAUGGGCAGCACUGUUUGCUGGAGAGUCCCACAGGAAGUGGAAAGAGCUUGGCCUUGCUCUGCUCUGCUCUGGGCUGGCAGCGGGCUCAGCUCGCUAAACUACAAGAAGGAGGAGGCACAGGGGACGACAAGAGCCAGUCAGAUAAAUGUGCUGAAGACUGUAAUAAGUCAGACGUCACCUCCGUCUGUCAGUGUGUGUGCCACAACAAAGCCUGCAGGCCCUCAGCUACACCAGCAGCUACACCAGCUUCAGCUACACCAGCUACAGCUACAGCAGCUUCAGCUACACCAGCUACACCAGCAGCAGCAGCAGCAGUUGAUCCCGAUGUUGUGGACCUCAAUGAGUCCCCGUGUAAAGAGACGACACAGCUGCAGCCUCCAGCUCCUGGACAAACGCCGUUACAAGACGAGUCUCAGCCCAGGAAACAGUCGAUAGCCUCUCGUCUGUCUGAGAAGUUCCAGUCUGCAGCCAACAAAGACGACGACUUCCAGCCAGACAGGAAACGCAUCCGCACUGCGGAGCACAAGGGUCGGAAAAGGCAGCGUCUGGAGAAGGGAGUGAUUUUCAUCGAUGAUGAUUCGGAGCUGGAAAAUGAGCCUCCAGAUCAAAGUGUGUCGACAGAGACAAACAACCCUGCAGCUGGUUUGUUCUCAUCAUACAGUCCCCUGGAGCCCUGCUCCUGGUGCCCGUGUGCUUCAGCCAAAGAGAGCGUAAAGGACAAGGACAAAGACAAAGACAAAGACGGCAAAAAGAAGAUGCCUAAGAUCUUCUUCGGAACCCGCACUCAUAAACAGAUCACCCAGAUCGCCCACGAGCUGAAACGCACCGUGUACUCCAGCGUGCCGAUGACCAUCUUGUCAAGCAGAGAUCACACCUGCAUCAACCCGGAAGUGGCGCCUCAUUCCAACCGCAACGAACGCUGCAAGGACCUGCUGGAGGGCAAGGAUGGCAGGUCGUGCCGGUUUUACCAUGGGGUGCAGAGGAUGCGGGACCACCAAAGUCUCCGGGCCAGUGGACUGCGUGAAGCCUGGGACAUCGAGGACCUGGUGUCUCUGGGCAAACGGCUCCGCUCGUGCUCGUACUACGCUGCUCGUGAACUGAUGCAGAGCGCCGCCAUCAUCUUCUGCCCGUACAACUACCUGCUGGACCCGAUGAUCAGAGAGAGUAUGGAGAUCGACCUGGCGGGUCAGAUCCUGGUGCUGGACGAAGCCCACAACAUCGAGGACUGUGCGAGGGAGAGCGCCAGCUACACGUUAGACCGCAACAACCUGCUGACGUGCAAGGAUGAGCUGGACAGCAUGGUCAAGAACAAAAUCAGAGCCUCCAAACACGAACCGCUCAGAAACUUCUGCUACAGCCUGAUCAACUGGAUCCAGGAGAGCCAGGGCCUGCUGAGUGAGAGAGGAUACGAGACGGCGAGUAAAGUCUGGAAUGGGAAGGACAUCCUGGGAAUCUUUCACGACCUGGGCAUCACUGCAGGCACCUUUAAUCUCCUGAAGCAAAACCUGGCGGCAGUGCUGGAGAAGGAGGAGCGUGUUGGUUUGGUUAAUGGUAAAGAGGACAUGGUGCAGGUCCCAGUCAUCAGCUCCGCUUCCUCCACUGUCCUCAAAAACCUCUUCAUGGUUCUGGAUUUCCUCUUCAGAGACAACUGCAGGUUUGCCGAGGACUACCGUGUAGCUCUGCAGAGGACCUACGCCUGGUCGAACCAGCUCCCACCUGAUGUCCCCGACGCUCAGGGCUUUUUGGUGCGGCCUCGAUACAGACAGCGCCAGAGCGCCCGAGUGAAGACAGAAGUCCUGAUGCUCAACUUCUGGUGCCUCAACCCGGCUGUGGCUUUCUCCGACCUGAGCGGGUCGGUGCACAGCAUCGUGCUCACAUCUGGAACCCUGUCACCCAUGGGCUCCUUCUCCUCUGAACUCGGGGUGAAGUUCUCCAUCCAGCUGGAGGCCAAUCACGUCAUCAACAAGUCGCAGGUUUGGGUGGGAACCAUUGGUGCAGGACCACAAGGCAGAAAACUCUGCGCCACCUUCCAGCACACUGAAACCUACACCUUCCAGGACGAGGUGGGGGCCCUGCUGCUCCACAUCUGCCAGGUCGUGGCCAAAGGUGUGCUCUGCUUCUUGCCGUCCUACAAGAUGCUGGACAAGCUGCGGGAUCGAUGGGUCAACACUGGUCUGUGGGAGAAGCUGGAACAACAGAAGACCGUGAUCACAGAGCCCCGCGGAGGUGGCAAGGGGGAUUUUGACGAACUGCUUCAGACUUAUUACGACGCCAUCAAAUACUGCGAGGAAAGAGACGGUGCGCUGCUGAUUGCUGUGUGCAGGGGAAAAGUGAGUGAAGGACUAGACUUCACAGAUGACAACGCCAGGGCAGUGGUCACCAUUGGAAUUCCCUUCCCAAACAUCAAAGACCUCCAGGUGGAGCUGAAGAUGAAGUACAACGACCAGCACUGCAAGUCCAGAGGUCUCCUCCCGGGAAACCGCUGGUACGAGAUCCAGGCCUACAGAGCUCUGAACCAGGCGCUGGGCAGGUGCAUCCGCCACAAGAACGACUGGGGGGCUCUGAUCCUGGUGGACGAGCGUUACAGGAACAACCCCAACAAGUACAUCACAGGUUUGUCUAAAUGGGUUCGCCAGCUCGUCCAGCAUCACGACACCUUCAACAACGCCAUGCAGUCCCUGGUGGCGUUCUCUCAGGUGCAGCAGAAAGCGGCGGCGGCGGCUGCAGAACGCCAGACUCCCGACUCCACGGCCUCCUCUCCGAACGGUCACCUGCCGGUAACGGCGGAGGGACGGGGUCCGGCCUCACACCCUCAGACACCUCCUGUGAAAGCACCUGAACCCCAGCAGCACAGGAGCCCCUCCCCCCCCCGACGCGUUUCUCCUCCGCACGUGAAAACUGAACAAAAUGGAAAAGCAGAUUGGUUGAAGAGCAGCUCGCCAGCAAAGCCGCCCUCGCACCAGCAGAGACCGGCUCGGCCUUUCUACAACAUCUUCACCUCCACCCCCGUCAGCAGCCGCUUCAAGAAGGCCGUCUUCAGAGGAAAGGCGCCCGCUGAUCCAGAGAAGCACCUGGAAGAAGCUCCGACUCAGUCUGAGCCACAGAAGAAGAAGAACGCCGAGACGCCCGCGUGUCUUCAAGACGGCGCAGCAGACACGUCCGGUGAAAUCAAAGCGGAGCCACGCGACACGCCGUCUACGGUAACGACCCCUCCCAUCUGCGAACAGGAAGAGAAACGAGACAAGGAGGAAGAGGAGGACCAGACUGUCUUUUAUACUCCAGAACUUUUCGAGGGCGAAGGAGACGAAGGAGGCGAAGGAGGCGAAGGAGACGAAGGAGGCCCAGAGACAAAGUCAGAGUCACCUCCCAGGGCAGUUUCGGCGGCAGAGAUCUCUCCUCUGCUGUCAGAGGAACUCCUUACCUGCGAUCAGGCCCGAGGGGAAACCUCUGGCGACCAGGGACAGAGCGCUCUGUCAGUCAGGAAGGAGAACGCACAGCUGUCACAGGGACGUGAAGAAGAACCCGGCGGACAGAAGUCAAGUGAGGAGGAAGAGGAGGUGAACAAGCUGAGGAGGAAGGUGGUGAACAGGCUGUCGAGGUCCAGACACAAACCAACAGGUAACGAACGACCUGGACACGAGAAAACAUGAAACAGAAUAAACAACAACAUGGCGGCUGAUGUUUCCCGCCAGACGUGUGUGUGAAUGUUUCUAUAAACACGACUGUAAAAUGUAAGAUGCUGCUUUCCUUUCACAUCUGUCUCCAAAACACUGUCACACUUCAUCUCAUAGCAGCUACACCUGCCUCAGGCAACUGCCCCCCACACACACACACACACACACACACAACACACACACACACACACACACACGCACACACACGCACACACACACACACUGUCACCACAUGACCCAGCCAGCCCCCGUCUCCAAUCAGCUGCUCAUGUGGCGUGACACGACGGUACAUGAAGGUCGUUAAGGUCUGAUCUUCAUUUACUUCAUCAUCCUCAAACACGGACCUUUAUUUUGUAGUAAUUAUGUGCUGUGAACUCAGGUGGGAUGAUGAGGAGGAUGAUGAGGAGGAUGAUGACGACGACGACACAUGUUUUACCUUCACUACAAGUUUCUGUAAAAUCUGUUUCUAUAAGAUUAAAUGUUCCACUUUCAUUGAA